UCUAGAGCAACCAGAGCAACUUGUAGUUUUUAAAGCCAUGGCCCAGGGGUUGGUGACAUUCAGGGAUGUGGUGGUGGAGUUCUCUCAGGAAGAAUGGAAGUGCCUGAAACCAGCCCAGAGGGACUUGUAUAAGGAUGUGACUUUGGAAAACUUCAAGAACUUGGUCUCAUUGGGUCUUUCCAUUCCUAAGCCUGAUGUCAUCUCCUUAUUAGAGCAAGGGAGAGAACCCUGGAUGACUGCAAAUAAUACACCAGCGUCCUGGUGCCCAGAUUUGGAGUCUAGAUGUGAGAAAUUUUCACCAAAAGAAAAUUUUAAAGCACAGCCAUUCAGUUGGGAGAUAACAGAACGCUUUUUGUGCUGUGAUUUGGAGGGCUCCAGUUUUAGGCAUGACUGGGGAUAUAAAGGCCAGAUUUCGAGACAGGCAAACCCAGACUGCUAUUUUAAGCAAAUAAAAACCCCCUAUGACAGCAAACCUGUGAGCGAGCGUCACACAUCCCUGAUCACCCUACGCCAGAGGAAUUUGACUGGUGAGAAACGGAUCAAGUGUAGUGAAUGUGGGAGACUAUUUAGCCGUGGUUCACACCUUAUUCAACAUCAGAAAACUCACACUGGUGAAAAGCCCUUUGAAUGUAAAGAAUGUGGGAAGGCCUUCAGCCGGGCCUCACACCUUGUUCAGCAUCAGAGAAUUCACACCGGGGAGAAACCCUAUGACUGUAAGGACUGUGGGAAGGCUUUUGGGCGCACUUCGGAACUUAUUCUACAUCACAGACUCCAUACCGGUGUCAAGCCCUAUGAAUGUAAGGAAUGCGGGAAGACUUUCAGACAGCAUUCCCAGCUCAUUCUGCACCAAAGAACUCAUACCGGGGAGAAACCCUAUGUAUGUAAAGACUGUGGGAAGGCUUUUAUUCGUGGCUCACAACUAACUGUUCAUCGCAGAAUUCAUACAGGCGCCAGACCCUACCAGUGUAAAGAAUGUGGGAAAGCCUUUAGACAGCAUUCACAGCUCACCGUCCAUCAAAGAAUUCAUACUGGCGAGAAACCCUACGAAUGUAAGGAGUGUGGGAAGGGCUUUAUUCAUAGCUCAGAAGUGACUCGGCAUCAAAGAAUUCAUUCGGGGGAGAAGCCCUAUGAAUGUAAGGAAUGUGGGAAGGCCUUUCGACAGCAUGCACAGCUUACUCGCCAUCAAAGAGUUCACACUGGUGACAGACCCUAUGCAUGUAAGGACUGUGGGAAAGCCUUUAGUCGUAGCUCGUACCUCAUUCAACAUCAAAGAAUUCAUACGGGUGACAAGCCCUAUGAAUGUAAGGAAUGUGGGAAGGCCUUCAUUCGUGUUUCCCAGCUGACUCAUCAUCAGCGAAUCCAUACCUGUGAGAAACCCUAUCAGUGCCGGGAGUGUGGAAUGGCCUUUAUUCGUAGUUCACAACUUACUGAACAUCAGAGAAUUCAUCCUGGUAUCAAACCUUAUGAAUGCAAAGAAUGUGGGAAGGACUUUAUUCUUGGCUCACAGCUCAUUGAACACUACAGACUCCAUACCAGUUAGAAAUCCUUCGUAGAAAACCUUGAUGCAGAGUUCACUCCUGACUCACAAUUCCGUCAUAUCUAAUAUAAGGUACUUCAUGUCAGAGAGCUUUCAUUUGUCACUUCCAUUAUGAAAAUUCAGAUAAUUCAUGCCAGA